GUGUGCGUAACCGCGGCCCCGCCCAUUAUAAUCACAUAAGGAACAAGGAAACGACACCUGUUGCCGUUGCGCAUCUUUCACUCACGUCCACGAACUACUAGUCAUACACAGGACAUCACCAUGUCUGAGGGUAAAACAGUCACAUUGAAGCCUGUGGAGCUGAUAGAACCAGAAUCAGGGUUCUCAUCCUCUCACCUGGACCCCAGCCACACCUCCUAUCAUCCCCCUGCUUUAGAAAAGACACACCUCCAAGCCCUGGACAGUGAACACCCAGGGACAAAGGACGAAGGCCUUGUUGGCCCUACACCUGAUGCUGGGGCGCAAGGGAAUCGAUGGACCUCAACACUGGAACAGUUUAAACUGAAGCGGUUCUUCGUCUUGAGGCCAGGGACCAUGGAACAAGCCCUCGAGGACAUCAAGGCUCUGGUCAACCAGGAUGAGGAUGGCGAUGUCCAUGGUGUCUGGCUGAUGGCUGAGGUUGACCAUUGGAACAACGAGAGAGAGCGUGUGGUGCUGAUCACAGACACCUCCCUGCUGAUCUGUAAGUACGACUUCGUCAUGCUCAACUGCGAACAGAUACAGAGAAUCCCUCUCAACUUUGUGGACCGCAUCACCCACGGCAACUUCAGCUUCCCCCAGCGGUCUCUUCUCACGAGAGGAGGAGAGGGUGUGCGUGUGUUCUGGGACCGGCUAAGGGAACCCUCGUUCUUGUCUAAAUGGAACCCGUUCACUACAGACUACCCGUUCAGCACCUUUACCUAUCACCCCGUCAGGAACAUAGACCACAGGUUCACUGCUCUCUGUGAGAUCCAGAGUUUCCGUGAGCGGCUGACGGAGGCAGCCCAGAAGGCCCACCUAAAGACGCCCGUCCCUGGCAAGGCCAACGGGGUCCUGGUGCUAAACCAGCCCCUGCUCAUCGAGUCUUACGUGGGUCUGAUGUCCUUCAUCGGGAACCAGAACAAACUGGGAUACUGCCUGGCACGGGGAAACAUCGGCUUUUAAACAAUGCUUUAGCUGGGAUACUGCCUGGCACGGGGAAACAUCGGCUUUUAAACAAUGCUUUAGCUGGGAUACUGCCUGGCACGGGGAAACAUCGGCUUUUAAACAAUGCUUUAGCUGGGAUACUGCCUGGCACGGGGAAACAUCGGCUUUUAAACAAUGCUUUAGCUGGGAUACUGCCUGGCACGGGGAAACAUCGGCUUUUAAACAAUGCUUUAGCUGGGAUACUGCCUGGCACGGGGAAACAUCGGCUUUUAAACAAUGCUUUAGCUGGGAUACUGCCUGGCACGGGGAAACAUCGGCUUUUAAACAAUGCUUUAGCUGGGAUACUGCCUGGCACGGGGAAACAUCGGCUUUUAAACAAUGCUUUAGCUAGAAUCUUUGAAUGUACAUUACUACUUGGGUUACUUAAUAAUAGUUUCCAGUUGUGGCCUAGUUACAGAUAUGAAGUAACAUUAUAAAUAUGUUUAAUCUUGUGUCUAAUCUUAGCUUGCUCAUUCCUUAUAGUUCACGCUCUGGUUUUAACUAAACUUUAGCUAGACGUUAGACGUAAUUUCUUUAUGUUUCUUUGUUUACAUUCAUUAUUUUGGCCUAUUUACAAAUUUGAAGUCGUUUUGUAUCAUUUUAAUAGUUGGAAGGAUAUGUUUCGAUGCUAAUUUAAAAUGUAUUUCAAAAAAAUAAAACAAUUUUGAAAUUGUUGGUUUUAGUUUUCUGUCGUGUUAAAGUGUAAACGUAGUUCCCCUUUUAGGGUUCAUCUCCUACGUAGUUACCGUGCCAAAUUAGUUCCUGCCGUCCCAGAGUUGAUAAAGUUUAUACAAUACCGUGA